CGGUGCUGCAUGUUUACCACUGUGCUGCAUGUUUACCACUGUGCUGCAUCACCUCUUCUUUUAACAGCACUGUAAAUGUUUGGGAACUGAGGAGACCAAUUACUGGAGUUUUGAAAGUGAAAUGUUGUUCCAUUCUUUGCCCGAUUUAGGAUUUCAGCCUCUCAACAGUUCAGGGUCUUUGACGUAUUUUUCGUUUCAUGAUGCGCCAAGUGCUUUCAGUGGGUGACGGGUCUGGACUGCAGGCUGCGCAGUCUAAUACCUGGGCUCGACCACAGAGCCAUGCUGUUGAAAUACGUGCAGAAUGUGGUUUGGCAUUGUUUUGCUGAAAAUAUAUAAGGCAUAUACAAGUGUCUGGUUAGGCCAAUCCCAGUUAUAUGGACAUACAUGCAUAUAUUGAUACAUACCUGCAUACAUACAUACAAACAUGCAUACAUACAUACAAACAUGCAUACAUACAUACAAACAUACAUACAUACAUACAUACAUACAUACAUGCAUGCAUACAUAUAAUUGUACCGUGUCUCUGUUGUUUGUCCCCUUUUAAGCAGAGUAACUGGUAAAGCCCUCAGGAAGAGUGUCGGUUCUGGAGAAGCCAGUGGGCCCCCUUUGUCUCUGUUGAGAAUAUGAACGUCCUGUUGCUCUAAUUUGCCUCUUGAUAAAAGCCUGCUUGUCUACGAGGGCAUGUCGGAAACGUGUGCGCUGCGUGCCACAUGCACCCCCCUGCGUGACACGAGCUGGUCAUGCCGUCUCCAGCUGCAGAGUCCCAACCUGGUGAGGUCAGCUGUCAUUGUAGUCAGACAUUCCUUUUGGAGUUGAUCUAUUUUUAGGGGGUGUCCCGGGUCCGCCAGCUGCCUGGCUUUGUGAAGCAGAACUCAGCCCCAUAUUGUGUUUCUGUUUUUGUCCUCCUGAGCACCGAAACACAGAGAAACAGCCCACAGCAUACGAGCCGAUGGGGAAUUACAAAUCCAGGCCAAGCCAGACCUGUACAGAUGAGUGGAAGAAGAAAGUAAGCGAGUCAUACGGCGUGAUAACCGAGCGGCUCGGCGAUGACCUGCGCCUCAAAGAGAGCGAGCUCCUGGAACUGAAGCACGUCUUCAGCUCUGACGAGGCCUUCAGCAAAGUGAACCUGAGUUACCGCACGGAGAGCGGCCUGUCGCUCCUGCAUCUUUGCUGCCUAUGCGGGGGGAACAAGUCCCACAUCCGUACUCUCAUGCUGAAAGGGCUGCGUCCCUCCCGCCUGACGCGGAACGGCUUCACUGCUCUGCACUUGGCCGUCUACAAGGACAACGCAGAGCUUGUGACGGCUCUGCUGCACGGGGGGGCUGACAUCCAGCAGGUGGGCUACGGCGCGCUAACGGCCCUGCACAUCUCCACCAUCGCAGGGCACCAUGAGGUCGUGGACAUUCUCCUCCAACAUGGUGCCUAUGUCAACGUGCAGGAUGCUGUUUUCUUCACGCCCCUGCACAUAGCGGCGUAUUACGGCCAUGAACAGGUGACCAGGCUGCUGCUGAAGUUUGGGGCUGACGUAAACGUCAGUGGUGAGGUGGGAGACCGGCCACUGCACCUGGCAGCUGCUAAAGGCUUCCUGGGCACCAUCAAGCUCCUGAUGGAGGGAGGCACCCGGGCUGAUGUGAAUGCCCAGGACAACGAGGACCACGUUCCCCUGCAUUUCUGUGCACGCUUUGGGCACCACGAGGUGGUGAGGUAUCUGCUGCAGGGGAACUUCGAUGUGCAGCCUCACUCAGUCAAUAUUUAUGGGGACACACCGCUCCACCUCGCCUGCUACAAUGGCAAGUUUGACACAGCAAAGGAGAUCGUCCAACUGUCUGGCACUGAGAGUUUGUCCAAGGAGAACAUCUUCAGCGAAACAGCCUUCCAUAGCGCAUGUACCUAUGGAAAAAGUCUGGAGACAGUGAAGUUCCUUCUCAACCAAAAUGCAAUAAGCAUCAAUCACCAGGGCAGAGAUGGGCACACAGGACUGCACAGCGCCUGUUUCCACGGACACAUACGCCUGGUCCAGUUCCUGCUGGACAAUGGUGCUGACAUGAACCUGGUGGCGUGUGACCCGAGCCGGUCCAGCGGGGAAAAGGAUGAGCAGACCUGUUUGAUGUGGGCCUAUGAGAAAGGUCACGACGCCAUCGUCACCCUGCUAAAGCAUUAUACCCGGCCUCAGGAGGAGUCACCCUGCAAUGAGUAUUCACAGCCUGGAGGGGAUGGGUCUUAUGUCUCUGUGCCUUCCCCUCUGGGAAAGAUCAAAAGUCUGACUAAAGAGAAGGCUGACAUCCUCUUGCUGCGAGCCAGCCUUCCCGCCCACUUCCACCUGCAGCUGUCUGAGCUGGAGUUCAGCGAGAUCAUUGGCUCAGGGUCCUUCGGGAAAGUCUACAAAGGCCGAUGCCGCAACAAAGUAGUGGCCAUCAAGCGGUACCGAGCUAACACUUACUGCUCGAAGUCUGACGUGGACAUGUUCUGCCGAGAAGUGUCCAUCCUGUGCCAGCUGAACCACCCAUGUGUGAUCCAGUUUGUGGGGGCCUGCUUGGAUGACCCCAGCCAGUUUGCCAUAGUCACCCAGUACGUGUCAGGGGGGUCCCUGUUUUCCCUGCUACAUGAACAGAAGAGGAUCAUCGACCUGCAGUCUAAGCUCAUCAUUGCUAUCGACGUGGCCAAGGGCAUGGAGUACCUGCACAACCUCACGCAGCCCAUCAUUCACCGAGACCUCAACAGCCAUAACAUCCUGCUGUAUGAAGACGGCCAUGCUGUGGUGGCUGAUUUUGGAGAGUCUCGCUUCCUCAUGUCAAUGGACAUGGACAACAUGACCAAACAGCCCGGGAACCUGCGGUGGAUGGCACCAGAGGUGUUCACCCAGUGCACACGAUACACGGUGAAGGCCGACAUGUUCAGCUAUGCCCUGUGUCUCUGGGAGCUUCUGACGGGAGAGAUUCCUUUCGCUCACCUCAAACCCGCGGCGGCAGCGGCGGACAUGGCGUACCACCACAUCCGGCCGCCCAUCGGCUACUCUAUCCCAAAGCCCAUCUCCUCCCUGCUGAUGCGAGGCUGGAAUGUCUGCCCAGAGGAGAGGCCCGAGUUCUCUGAGGUGGUCGCCAAACUCGAGGAAUGUCUGUGCAACGUGGAGUUGAUGUCUCCAGCCUCCAGUAACAGUAGCGGGUCGCUGUCCCCAUCCGCCUCGUCGGACUGCCUGGUGGCGCGGGGUGGGCCUGGCCGCAGCCACGUGGCAGCUCUGCGCUCACGCUUCGAGCUCGAGUACGCCCUCAAUGCCCGCGCCUACGCAGUCUGGUCCCAGAGCACGGAACGUCGCUCUUCCCAAGGCCUGUCUUUGGAUGAACUGCGGAGGAACCUGCAAUACCCACCAAUCGACAGGAAUGGCUAUGUUUCAGAUCCCAUGAGCACCAUGCGAUUCCGCUCCUGCAGCAGUGGUGGCAGCUACGAGGACAGUAACUGACCGGCUGCCUGUCCCUGGGAACGCUAGGAAUCAGCCCAGACACUGACCGUGAUCAAGGCUUCAUGAUACAGAGUGACGUGUCUGCUGUUUAUAAGCAUUUUCUGCAUGUAAUCCACCACAGAUUGUCCAUGAUGAUGUCACUGUAGCGUACGAUGAUGUCACUGUAGCGUAUGAUGAUGUCACUGUAGCGUAAAGGUAUUCCCCACUUUCUCCGUGUGUGUUACAUGAAGAUGGCCCAGGUGUACUUUACCUUACCACUGUACCCCGCUGUUCUCAUUCUUUGCACCAUUUAUCUAAUCAACAUGUUUAAAGUAAUAAUGUGUUAGAAGAGGAAAUAAAGCCACAUUUUAUUAUUUUA